AUGAUCCAGGGAUCUUCGUUAAAUAAAAAGGGUAAAAAUCUUAGCUGUAGUAAAAACCCAUACGGUCCACCUGCUGACCCAGCGUUCCACUACGUGCCAUGGGAGCGUCCCAUCAGAGAAGUGAGCAAGAUCAAGAAGCUUUUUCUGGAGAGCGAACUCUGCAAUUUCGUGGCGCGGACAGAGAGUGCGCUCUAUCAGGAUGGAGAUGAGGUGCGACCUCGCAAGUACCUCUUUCUGGAGGGAGGACGACAACUCGAUUUAUCCAGGAAACCCAUGAAACGUAAUGAUUUUGAUAUAUUCUGGGUACAUGAGCCAUCUUUGUUCAAGCAACUGAGGCGUCGUAACCUGAUGCUAGUCAAGGAAGUAGACAGGCAACGGUUAGAAGUGUCAGUCAAGGCCGCAACAUCAACUGAAACUGAAGUCAUGACGGAAGCGUCGAGCAGCCGUCAAGAGUCAACGCUAGAGAUGUCAGAGAGACAGCUUCAAAAGGUACUCAAAGAACUGGAGGCAGUCGAUAUUGACUCACCUCGUAGUAAGCUCUUGCAAGAGAAAGCGACGCUGUUUUCCCCCGUUGAACUUCACUACUCUUUCACCAGUGGGGAGAAUAGCUUUGAGCAUGAUGAUAGAGAUCCCGCCUUCAUUCAAGCUGAUCGUCAUGCCCUUUGGAGAGAAAGGGGAGAUCCACGUUAUCGUGAUCGUUCUCCUUCUUUGGAAAUUGGCGGAUCUAUUCCACCCAAGUCAUCCAUUGGGACUUUACUCGGUGUACGAAAGCGAAGUGAGGAUGAUGAUGGGGAGUCAGAGCGUGCGCAACAUCAUCAGCGCCGUAAAGUUUUGGAGGAUGUGGACAUGAUGGUAAUAGACAUCAUAAACCUUUACAAGAUGGUGCGCGAGCAAGGGGAGAUAAUUGCAGAUCUGACCAAGCAAGUAGAGGAUUUGCAAAAGCAAGUAGGGCGUUCGAGGAAAUAUAAUCUGCGUCCUACUCCCAGUAGAAAUAGCAACCGCAAAGGAAAGAAAUAA